AUGUAUUCAAUAUCUCAAUACAUAGUAAUCAAUAUUUGCUGUCAUUGUCAUCAAGGAUGGUCUGGAAAUCGAUGUGAUAUCUAUAAUCAUUGUCAUUGUUAUUCUGGAUUUGUAUGUAUUGGUCGAGGACGAAAAAAUAUUAAACCUAUAUGUUUAUGUCAAUUAGGAAGAAUAGAUUCACAAUGUUAUAUUUCAUAUUUAUCAUGCAAAAUAUAUCCAUGUCAAAAUCGUGGAAUAUAUAUUCCUCUUGAUGAUAAAAUUCUAUAUCGACGAUGUAUAUGUUCCGAAGAAUAUUUCGGAGUUCAUUGUGAAUAUCAUUCAUCACAGAUCAAUAUUGUAAUUAAUCAAACAAUUUUUAAACCAUCAUCAUCUAUUCUUCUCCAUUUAAUUACAUUAUAUGAAAAUAAAUCACAUGAACAUAGAACUUAUUUAAAACAUAUUCAUUUAUAUCAAGCAAAUUUAAUUGUCUAUCAUCCAAGACAUUUUUUACCAUCAAUGGGUUUUAUAGAAAUAUUUGAUAAUGAGAAAAUGAAAUCAAAUUAUUAUCUUUCAUUAUUAAUACUUAUUAAACCAAUGAAAAAUGAAAUAUUAUUUGUUAAACAAGAUGAAUGUUGUAAACAUAUUCGAGAUUAUUUAAUGAAACAAUAA